CAGCUGUCAAGUUUGGGUGUCAUGUAAUUUAAAUAAUCGUGUAAUUGUUAUUAUAGAAAAUUUUCUUACAAGUUUACAUUUUCAUACAAAAGUAUAUUAAAAUGUUAAUACCGACGUGUUUGAUAAAACUCUGUGAGUUGAUGUUAACAGUGGCAUGUCUAACACUGCACCACUACAGUUAUGACCUGACAGACGUGCCAACACUCAUGCUAUGCUCAGGCACAUACGUCGGCUAUGUAGUCGUGCUCUCCGGGGAGAUUGUCGGGGAGAUGUUAUUCGCGCCGCUCGACCUCGUACAAGACAUGUACUUUGGCAUGCUGGGGGUCGCCUUGUUCUCCGUGAGCGGAGGCCUCGUGUUAUCCGCCAGAGUCAAAGGCUCCGUGUUCCCGAGGACCGGCGACUCCAACGCAGCACUGCUGGCCGCCUCCCUGGCCAUCCUCAACGCGGUUUUCAUGCUGUUUGACCUGAGCCUGGCGUAUUUGGACUCUGAGGAGUACGAUGAAGAGGCCAGCGUGUAACGAGGAGAGGCGGUUUCAGCGGCGGCGGACGCCUACGUGGACGCGUGGUGGUCGUCAAGCGGCAGCGUGCUCUUCGCAGCCUGCGGGGGCCUCACGCUACACUCCUGGAAAGAGGUGCCAGUCCACAACCGCAAGAGCUAUGC